AUGGGCCUUUCUUUCAACACAACCUGCAAUGUCACGCUCGAGGAUUUGCGAAUUGGGAAGUCAGAGGAGAUCCUCGCUGCGAACAUGAGCUUCCACUCCCUAGGCCUGAUCGUCGCAGCAGCUUGCACCCUCAUAGCCGUCCUAAUCUCCUUCUACCUCAUCUUCAUGCACGCGACGCAUUACACGAAGCCCUACGAACAGCGCCACAUCAUUCGCAUCCUGUUCAUGAUCCCCGUCUACGCCAUCGCCUCUGUCCUCACAUUCCGCUUUUACUGGCACGCCGUCUACUUCCGGGUUAUAUGCGACUGCUACGAAGCUUUUGCCAUCGCCUCCUUCUUCGCCCUACUGUGCCAUUACAUCGCCCCCAACCUACACGAGCAGAAGAUGUAUUUCCGUAGCAUCGAGCCGAAAGGUUGGGUCUGGCCUGUCUCAUGGCUCAAUAAAUGCUGCGGCGGGGAGAGGGGCCCGUGGAGGACACCACGGAGCGGGUUGACAUGGUUCAACAUCAUCUGGACGGGCGUCUACCACUACUGCUUUAUUCGGGUUUCCAUGACGGUCACGGCUGUUAUCACGCAGCAUUUUAAGAAGUACUGCGAGUCGUCAAACUCGCCUGUAUUUGCGCACAUUUGGAUUCUUGUUAUUGAAAGUGUGGCGGUGACGAUCGCCAUGUACUGUUUGAUCCAGUUCUAUAUCCAGCUUCGCCUCGAUCUUGGGCCACACAGUCCCUUCCUCAAGGUGCUGGCUAUCAAGCUAGUUAUUUUUUUGUCAUUCUGGCAGUCGUUUGUGAUCAGUAUCCUGACGUCGACAACCGUAAAAGUGCUGGAGCCGACUUCUAAGAUCGCCUAUCCGGAUCUGAGCGUGGGGAUUCCAUCAUUGUUGCUUUGCAUCGAGAUGGCUCUUUUUGCCGUCUUGCACCUCUUCGCCUUCUCGUGGAAACCUUACGCUUCGUCCUCCUUUGGAUCUGAUUACCCCAUGUCUCGUCUCAAGAACACCCACGGGCCAAAGCAAGGCGGCUUCCUGGGCCUUAAAGCCUUCGCAGACGCCAUGAACCCCUGGGACUUGGUAAAAGCAUUCGCCCGCGGAAUGCGCUGGCUCUUUGUCGGUGUCAAGGAACGUGAAAACGACCCUUCGUACAAAUUCGGCGCCUUCGACGUCAACAGCCCCCAAAAUGAGUCCGUGAGCUUGGAUUCCACCGACCCGAACGGCCCAAAACGCCCCGAGAAAAGGAAUCUCCCCAUCGCCGAGGAAUUUCGAAGAAGUAAGUUUGGGCUGUCGGGUUUUGGGUUGCAGAAACAAGAUGACGAAGGCAAGGGCUUGAUUGCACAUGCGCAACCGCACCCUGUGAGUCACAGCUCACCGAAUCCGUUUCAGAAAUUCCAGCACAGGUCCGGAUACAUCCCAGCGAGACAACGAUACGACAUCAAUGGGCAGGACGUAUCUUCUGGGGGGACGGUGUACAACGGUGCCUACCACCAUCCUCCUCGCCCAGGGGGAAUAUCUCGCAGUUCCAGUCUGGUCUCAGCCGAGGACAUCGGGAUCGCAAUUACAGACCCGCCUGAAAUUUAUCAGUCACAUGUGGUGCAGCCGUAUUUUCCGAAGCCUCGGGGCGAGACGUAUCGGGAUGAACUGAGAGAGGAGAGGAGGAAACUGCACCCCCAGCCCCCGUCGGAGCAAUGGGCAAACGCCAGUUGGCCUGCUCCGCCCGGGGUGCAGAAUGCGUCAUGGGGGCAGCAGGGUCAACAGUGGCCGCAGAAUCGCAACUCUCCUCGAGACUUUGAUCCACGACUGUUCUAG